GUUCCCGAUCUCAUCGGAAGUGGACCUUGUGAAGAAGAACUUGUGCAAGAGUCUUGACUUCCUGAGGGUGUGGUGUACUGCUGGGGCUGUUUCCAUUCGACCACAAGUUGGGCCAACGACGAUGUGGUGACUAUAGUAUCAUCCACUUCAAGCGAGCGAAUCGACCGACAACCACUUCACUUCUUCCACCUCCCGAGAUGACCAGUCCAGUCGGGGAGAUCCAAAACUUACUCCCUGAUACUCAGCUAGCAUUCCAAAGACAUCCACUGAAAGAUGUUGCCUACGGAUCCUUGGCAGGUAUUUGUUCAAAACUCUUUGAACAUCCCUUCGACCUCGUCAAAGUCCGACUCCAAAGUCAACCGCUUCAUCUACCGAGCCGAUACCGUGGUCCGCUAGAUUGUUUUCGGCAGACAGUAGCACAGGAGAGGUUCAGAGGUUUGUAUCGCGGAGUCAGCAUGCCAGUUGUUGGGGCGAUGGCUGAAAACGCCACACUCUUCCUAGUCUACAGUCAAGUCCAACAGCUCAUUCGACGACUUGCGUUUCCCGAACAGGCGGCCCAAAGGAGGCCACCCCCAUUACCACUAUCGUAUGUGGCAGUAUCAGCAGCGUGUGGGGGAGCGAUGGCCAGCUUGAUCUUGACUCCGAUCGAACUAGUGAAAUGUAAAAUGCAAGUCCAACAGAUCGGAGCGACGAAGGAGAAUCCCAAGCGAUUAGCUGGUCCGGUCGGGAUCGUCCGAUCGGUCAUCGAGAAGGAAGGCAUCCGGGGACUUUGGUUGGGACAGACUGGGACUCUACUCAGAGAGACCGGCGGAUCGGCGAUCUGGUUCUGUACCUUCGAAUCCGUAGUAGCUCUCUUCGUUGCUCGUCGUCAAGAAUCACUCGGGCCCUCCAAACUACUCUCCAAGGAUGACCUCUCCUCGCCUGAACUGAUGAUCUCAGGCGCCACCGCCGGGAUCUUUUACAACUUUGUCUUCUUCCCCGCCGAUUCGAUCAAAAGCACCAUGCAGACUGCCUCUGAACUCGCCCAACCUGCUCAUCUUCCACAAUCUCUUCCUGCUCAUGAAGCUCCAAAGAACGGCUUCUUGGAUGUAGGCCGUCGGAUCGUUAAGACUAGAGGCUGGAAGGGCCUUUAUGCCGGUUGUGGGAUUACCUGUCUACGAAGUGCUCCGAGUUCUGCCUUGAUUUUUUGGAUCGUCAGUCGACUGGAAAGUCGAUUUGGUUAAACUUUUGCUGUACAUUGUUCUCUGCCUUUUUUUUUCUUCUUCUUUUCCUUCUUGGAAAAUUAUAUCACCAAGAUCACCCCAGUUCUUUUUUCCUCCACUAUCCCCCAACUGAUGUACUUGUGGUGUUUUCCCCUAGACUUGAUGAUAGAUAACUGAGACAGAAGAUCACAUAUGUCCCAUAAACAAGUUUGGAUUUGAGUCAAUAGAUUUUGCCACAACUGCCACAAAGAAAGAAUCAAGAAAAAAAAGAAAUAAAGAGCUAAAGACUGACAGUAAGCAUUUCAUGCAUGGCAACUAUCCAAGGUUAGACAGAA